UUAAUCCAGGCCUGUUUGUUUAUUUAUUUAUAUUUAUUAUUUUGUUUUUUUGUUUUUUUUUUAAUUAACUGUAUUUAUUCGUGUAGCUCAUGUACAGUCACUGAUACAUGUGCCUUUACAACAAGCUGAGCAUUUUGAAGAUUUCAGCAAAGUGAAGUUUGGCAUGACACCAUGAAUUCACCUUACACAGCUGUGCAGUAUUACCCAGAGUUUCCCUUUCAUCGACUCAGGGACCCUCCAUCCCGCUUGUCCUGGAGAGAGAGCUCGUUCCUCACCACCAUGUCUCAGAACCAGUCAGCUCAGACAACUGACUUCUUAAGCCAAGAUGUAUUCAACCAACUGUUUGACAUGCUGGACCAUGUUAUCAUCUCUGUUGUGUUUCAGAUCUGCCAUUCAUACAGUCCAGCCCAUUGAGCUGAACUUCACAGACAGUCCAACAGAUGGGUCUGCAGGAAACACCAUUCAGAUCAGUAUGGACUGCAUCACCAUGCAUGAGCCAGAUAAGACACUUUCUUCACAGUAUACAAACCUGGGGCUCCUGAACAGCAUGGAUCAGAACAUUCAGAACGGCGGCUCGACCUCGACCAGCCCCUACAACAACGACCACGCACAGAACAACGUGACAGCCCCAUCACCCUACGCCCAGCCCAGCUCCACCUUUGAUGCCCUCUCUCCCUCACCGGCCAUCCCAUCCAACACAGAUUACGCUGGACCUCACACUUUUGAUGUGUCCUUCCAGCAGUCUAGUACAGCAAAGUCUGCCACCUGGACGUAUUCAACAGACCUGAAGAAGUUAUACUGCCAGAUUGCCAAGACAUGUCCCAUUCAGAUCAAAGUCCUGACCACCCCCCCACAGGGGGCUGUUAUCAGAGCCAUGCCUGUUUACAAGAAAGCCGAACACGUGACCGAAGUGGUGAAACGCUGCCCCAACCACGAGCUCAGCCGCGAGUUCAAUGACGGUCAGAUCGCUCCUCCCAGCCAUCUGAUCCGCGUGGAAGGAAACAACCAUGCCCAGUAUGUGGAGGACUCCAUCACUGGAAGACAGAGCGUAUUAGUGCCUUACGAACCUCCCCAGGUGGGGACAGAAUUCACCACAAUCUUGUACAACUUCAUGUGCAACUCGAGCUGCGUGGGUGGAAUGAACAGACGCCCGAUUCUCAUCAUCGUCACUCUGGAAACCAGAGAUGGUCAGGUAUUAGGCCGCCGGUGCUUCGAGGCCAGGAUCUGCGCCUGCCCGGGCAGAGACCGCAAGGCGGAUGAGGACAGCAUCCGCAAGCAGCACGUAACGGACGCCACAAAGAGCAGUGAGGGUACGAAACGCCCCUUCCGCCAGGUUUCCCAUGGCAUCCAGAUGUCCACUAUCAAGAAGAGAAGAUCUACAGAUGAGGAGGUUUUUUGUUUGCCUAUCAAAGGUCGUGAAAUUUAUGAGAUUUUGGUAAAAAUCAAAGAGUCUCUGGAACUCAUGCAGUUUCUUCCGCAACAUACCAUAGAAUCAUACCGGCAGCAGCAGCAAAAUCUACUUCAGAAACAGACCUCGAUGCCGUCUCAGCCCUCCUAUGGCUCCAGCUCCCCAACUCACGGAAAAGUCAACAAGCUGCCCUCUGUCAGCCAGCUCAUCAACCCCCAGCAGCGUAACACACUCACCCCAUCCAGCAUGUCUGGAGGCCUGACUGACAUGACUCCCAUGAUGGGCACUCACAUCCCCAUGAACGCUGACAUGAGUUCACUGAGCCCCACACAUGCACUGCAGCCACAGCUACCCCUGGUGCCUUCCUCCCACUGUACCCCCCCUCCUCCAUACCCCAUGGACAGCAGCAUCUCCAGCUUCCUUAUACGGCUGGGCUGCUCAGGCUGCUUGGACUACUUCACAGCACAGGGCCUAACCAACAUCUACCAGAUUGAGAACUAUAACAUGGAGGACCUGUCCAGGCUGAAGAUCCCUGCAGAGUUCCAGCACAUCAUCUGGAAGGGCAUCAUGGAGCACCGUCAGGCCAUGGAUUUUUCCCCACCUCCCCACAUAGUGCGCACCACCAGUGGAGCCUCCAGCGUCAGCGUGGGCGCCUCUGAGGCCCGAGGCGAGCGCGUCAUCGACGCCGUACGCUUCACCCUGCGCCAGACCAUCUCCUUCCCGCCACGCGACGAGUGGUCCGACUUUUCCUUUGACCUGGAUUCUCGCCGCAACAAACAGCAGCGCAUCAAGGAGGAGGGAGAGUAAGACGACCUCUGUCUUGUUCUCAAUGUUGCCAUUUCCCAUUUCAUGCCUGCCAUUGGAACAUUUCAUUCGAAAACCUGGUAUUAGUGCGAAUACUGCUGAGAACAAAAUACAUAUUCACAUAGAAAUGCACUUAUUUUCAUUGUUGUCUGGUUCUCAUUAUCGCAGAGAAAUGAAUGGUGUUGGGCAAAGGUGCAUUUUAUUAUGUUCUAAUUUCUUGAGAGCACUUAAGAAAUGCUGAGGAUUUCAAGAUUGCUUUAAGGGUUUUGUUAAGUGUUCAUGAUGCAUUCCCAUGUUAAAGCAUGACUGGAAACAAAACUUGCAUUAAAGGGCUUAUUAGAGCUUGUAUUUCUACUAUGGGCCAUAGCAAACAUGUAUUUUAGUUUGUAAUACUUCUAAGUUUUCACCUUUAUGGUUGUACAAGUUAGUCAAUGGUUUUUCAUUUGUGGCGUAAGUCAGCAUUGAUUGUAUACAUUUCAAACAUUUCCUGUCAGAAGUAUUAUGUCAGUUGAUGGGCAAUUUGUUUUCUGCUGUAACUUCUAUAUUUUUCUUUUCUUUUUUUUUUAAUGUCUGUUGUGAGACCAAUGCAUCAACUUUUUGUGUCAGGUUGUGAAGUAUUUGGCUGAAGUGGCAGAUGUUCACUCAUUUGAUGUAGCCAUAUAUAGACCUAAUGCUCUUUACCCAGUGUUUUACAGCACAGAGAUAUAAUGACUGAUGUUUUGUUUUUUGUUUUGGUCUUUUUUUUUUUUGUUCUUGUUUUACUGCUGUGCAAAAGUGGUGGAUUGCAUUAUAAGAGCAGGUUUUAGCUCAUGCAGUGGAUGCCUAGCACAAGUAUUUUUUUUUUAAUUCAUGAACCAUGUUUUGGUAGAGGUUUAUUUCAUUUGAUAACUGGCCAAAACCUAUGAUAUAAAUGUGUAUAAAUUUGUAUAGUUCUUUUUGUUUUGAAAGUCUCCCUAAAGAAAAUGCAUGAUUUUCAUCAUGGAACAAAUCGUACUGAUGUGAAUAUUGCCUGGUGCUGCACCAACGAGAUCAAUGUUUGUAUUAAUUCAGUUCAAACAGUAUGUGUGUAUUGUGCAUUAUCCGUAGCCCACUCUCCGUAGUCCUCAUUGUUAGAAAGCAGAAACAUUUGCAUUUUCAUAUUUUUGUACAAUGUGUUGUAAAUAUGUUGCAAUAUACCAAGGGUAUUUUGAUAUAAAUUUGAAAUAAAUAUCCAUACUUGC